AUGAUCACGACCGUCGUCGUCGGCCUUCGAGAAGAACAAGACGAAGAAGAGACGAAUGCGACUCAUUCUUACGCGGAGCUGGAAUACUCCUUACACUUGUGCCCGAAAAAGCACAAAUCGGAAGCGCAAGCGAUGUUCAAUUUUACCGAAGACGAUGACGAGAAGGUGGCGAAAUUGAUCGUCGUCCCGACGUGCCAAAAAACCGCGGUGGAUAUCAUCAAAACCGGGGAAAGAGUGGACGAGGAGAAGGAUUUAUGCCUGGAACGGUUUUUGAAGUUCGCGGAAAUUGCGACGAAUGUGUUGAGAGAGAAGAACUUUUGGUGCGACUACAUCGACCCGUGUUCUGGGUUAUCGAUGAUACAUCGAGACUCGCAGAGGGUGUACGGGGAGGUGGACGCGUUGGUGACGCUGUUGAACUACGAGUGCACAAAUGUUGGGUGUUGUAAGAUUGUGAUGCAUCCGAAAUGGGGGAGUAGCGUGUACCCGGCGAGUUUGUUUGCGAUUGCGCCAGAAGAUGAAGUUCGAGACGCGUUGCGGAUAGCCGCGGAGAAGAUGGGAAAGAAACGUUCAUAA